GUUUGGUUGCGCUGGAUGUCGCUCAUCAACUUUUGCUACAAGACGACCCUUGCAAAACUACUAAAUGGUUACAAAAACAUUUAAAUUUUUCAGAUAGUUUAUGCUUGAGUGUGGUGCAUUUCUACCUCUCUGACUUCAAACCGGGACCCACAACUGCCAGCAAACCGCCGAGUACCUGCAGUGACGAGGAGACUCCAUUUUCGUAUGCAGCUGAUCGGGCUAGCCAACAAGACGGCGGAAAGCUAGCUGCUUGUGUUGCUAGGCUAACUUUCCCUUGUAGGCAACGGAAUCCAAAGCAAGCGAGCAGCUUGCGUUAAAAUUGUCUACCUGACGAUACUUUCGUUGAUUACAAAAUACUCCCAGCAUGCUGAUGGUGGGAGGCAAUGGACGGGUACACUAGAAUGAGUGUGAAGGAGCUGUGUGACACCGAUGAUCUGGCCACCAGUUUGGUGCUGGACCCUCUUUUGGGCUUCAGCACCCACAAGAUGAACAUCAGUCCUCCACCAGAGAUCCGGCGUUGGGGUAACCUCAAGGAGACUUUGUUGCGGUUUCAGCGGACGCAUGAUUUUAACGCCACGUUUGAGGCACUGACCGUAGGAGAACUGGCUGGUGACUACUUCAAUGCUUUGGGAAGCCAUCGGCAGGAGCUGCUGAGACAACAUGUUUAUCGCUACCUCAGUGCCUUCCUGCUGGAUAGUGGUAUCAAGAUUGAGUCCUGUGACAGAUACUCCUCAGAGACUAACGGAGCAAAGAUUACAUCAACAAGGCAUUGGUUUGUAGGAGAACGGGUUGAGGUUUUGCUAGGUUGCAUAGCAGAGCUGAGCCCAGCUGACAGCGCCGUGCUGAGGGCAGGGGUCAAUGACUUUAGUGUGAUGUAUUCUACACGCAAGCGCUGCGCUCAGCUCUGGCUCGGGCCUGCAGCUUUCAUCAACCACGACUGCAAACCAAACUGCAAGUUUGUCCCUGGUGAGAAAAAUAUUGCUUGUGUGGAAGUGAUUCGACCCAUAUCGCCAGGGGAGGAGAUCACAUGUUACUAUGGUGCCAGCUUUUUCGGAGAAGGCAACGAAAUGUGUGAAUGCUGCACCUGUGAGAGGAAUGGAGAGGGUCAUUUCAAACACAGAGGAAAACAGCCUGAAUGUGAGGAAACAAAAGACCCUGUAGGCCCAAAGUACCGCCUGAGAGAGCGAUAUCUUCGUCAUCACAGAGAGAAAGGUCACUUUGCUGCAAGGCCAGCAACGCCAGGAAUACACGCUGGACUCUUUAAAGCCAUCCCCUCAAGGAACUCCUUCACCCAGCAGAUGAGAAGAAAUGCCUUGAAGAACCGAAAACUGAAUGAAACAAAGAAGUGGAGACGAGAGAAGCAAAGACGAUCCGGCAACCACCCCCUGAAAUCCUCCACCGUCAAACAGUAUAGGACAGUUCCAUGUUUGUCCCAGGUUAUCCUGAAGGACCUUAAGAUCAGAGUGCGGCGCCACUCUGUGGAUUUUCUACUGAACUGUAAAGAUCCAAAAAGCAAGGAGAGGGCCUUGCUGCUUCAGCUGGAGGAGGAGAAGCCAAAAGAUAACGGGCUGAGGCCGCUGAACUCAACCGGUGAUGAAAAUGACAGCAGUGCUGUCAAUUUGAAGCCUUUUACCGUAAAUUCUUCAAUGCAGGUGACUAGAAAAAGCAGAACUUCAUUAAGAAGUGCAGGUCUGAACAGUAUGCCUGUCAAAGUGUUGGACAGGCAAACAGUUCACACGAGGACCUCUUCAGAAACAAAGAACAUGGUUAGCUGCGCGCAGCAGAAGGAGACAAAGUCCGGUAACGUGGACUCAGCUAACACUACAACUGUUUGUCAACCUGUUCAGGUUGACAAAACAUGCAGUGCAAUAACAAAAGAAAAGCUAGACAAAGCAAUCACAGAAAUUCAAAGCAACAAAUGCAGCAGCGUUGACUCCUGCAUUAUCACCUCAGCUCAAAAUGGGGCUGCAGAGCAAACAGAGCUCAAGACUGAUGUUUCGUCCUCAUUAGAGGUUCGUCAGACCAUCGCAGAUGGAUCGAAGAAGGCUGCAGACAAUCCAGUAAUAUCUCUGAAGCAAUACGUUACGGUUAGUCUAAUAAGGUUAUCUUUGCCACAAAGUUCAAAUCCAACAAAGCCCUGCAAAGACAUUAAAGGAAGGGCUGUGGUCAAAGGGACCGGCAAACUGCCUCCUAAACCUGCACCUCUGACAGAAAAACGAGUUUCCAGGUCAGACAUCGGCAUGGUGGAAGGUUACAGAGGAGUGAGGGAAGUAUUUUUCAAGGCCAAAGAUAACGUAAGGAGCCAGCAUCCAACCGAGACUGGGGUGGAUUUCUCCCAUGAAGAGAAGAAGCAGGUAGACAAGGUUAUUGAAAUACAAAUGGUGUCAGAAAAGGAGAAACGCUGCAUACAGAAAGAGCAUCAGGAUGUUGUAAAUGACAGUAAAGGACGGAGUGAAAAAAGAAAUUCUGCAUUGCCUGCUGUAGAGUGUAAAAGUGCUGUGGAAGUGAAAGAGUCUGAAGAUGAAGUGGUGUCCAAUGACAAAAAUAACAUCCAGUGUGUUGAAAAUCCAGCCAGUGUUGCAUGUAAACAGGAUGAAGUUCUGAAAGUACCACAACUAGUGAAAAGGAGUUUGCGUAAACAGCCAGUGAGCAGACAUGAAAAUGUUGUUAUAAAACAGGCAAAGGUUCUGCUAUCUGAUAUUUUAAGAAAAGACAGAUCCAUCAUAGACAAACGAUUGCAGGGAGAUAUUGUAGAGAAAAUGUUAAGUACCGCAGUCUCAAAAGAAAUGCAAAAUGCUGAAGGGCAGAUGGAAAUAAAUGGAGGCAGGUGCCAUCGUUCAGCACAGAGGAGGAAUAUAAAAGGACGCAAGAAGAGGCCUAGAGCAAAGAAAACAAAAGCAGACGAUAAACAAAGUACCAAGGGAUACUUGAACAAAGAACUUCCAGUUGCUCUGAAGACAGAAUUAAGUGAGAACAGUUUGCCGCUUCAGACUCUGCAGAGGCACAGCGUUCCACCGGCCACCUGCCUCAACUCACUACCUCAUCGGUCGCCGAUUUCUGUAAAAGCUUCGACCAACUCGCGUGCAGACACUAAUCCACAUCCGCACACACAGUCCAACAUACCUCUGAAGAAACGCACAUUUCGCAGUUCUGUGGAAAUAGACUCAGAACAAAGUCUAAAUUCUGUUUCUGAUCAAGUUUCCAAAAAAGCCCCUGAGUUGAAUUCAUGUCUAGCGCAGAGGCAGGAUCUUACGUGUUUAGGGGAGAAUAACAAAGUGAAAAGAGAGAGUAAAGUCAGGGUUAGAACAGAACCUCAGAAGACAACUCCCAAAAGGAUCACCAAACAAACCCCUUUCAACAGAGUGCUCCGCUCCAGAGCUAACAAAGCUCAGCGAGAUCAUCUGUUGAGGAAUGUUCAAAAAUGCAAGUCAGAGAAGGAAGAUGAUGAGCUCAUCAAGGUGGAGACGCUACAGAGUGAUGACAUCGCAGAGGACAAACAAGCUGAAGAUCCAGAUAAAAUCCAGCAACGGUGUGCAAAAAAUCAAAAUAAAUCCCAACCAAAAGGUCAGAUGGGAAUCUUAACCCCCGAACAGAGCGGCUCAGAGGAGACCAAGCCAAGCCUCGACUUUAAGUUCCGAUUAAAGAGGAGAAGAGGGAAAGUAUGGGAGAUGCAAAAUGAAAACUUGGCAUUAAAAACAGAAAAUGGAGAUGAUUUGGUGAUUUGUGAUCCUUUUAAGGCCAUCAUGGAUUCUGUUUCAGUUUUAAACAUGGAGAUGGAGGCAGCUCAGGCACACGUGCAGGCUAGUAAGAAGUCAAAGAACAGGCUGCAUCGUUUGAAGCGUAGAGGUGAGAGGAUGAACGAAAAGCAAGCCAUGAUUGUCUCUGGUGUAAAUUUAGAUAAAGUUUUUAAAAAAGCUGAAACUGUAAGUGAGACAGGUGAAUCUGCUAAUGGAAAAGUAGAUAUUAAAGAGAAACUCGAGAAGGAGCAUCUGGUUGGAGUCCCGCAAGAGUCUGAAAAAUGUGAAGGUCAGAAUUGCUCCAAUGAGAAACUGUCAAUAGUGAGGCAGGAAGCAAAGACUGAAGAUCGUUUUCGAAACAACUGCUGCUUGUUUGAAGGUGGAUCACAACAAAAGCUGGAGCCGGAAUUUGAUUUAAAUGGUUUUCCGCUACCAGUAAUAAAACUCCGGAGGAAGACGGAGGAUAUUUGGGAGGUGGACAGCAAAGAGGAGCUCCUACAUCCUGAGCUAAAAAUAGAGCCCAGUAUUAAGAAAGAGAUGAAGGGUCAUAUUGUAGAGAAACAAAAGAUGGUAUGUAAUGAUAUUAGCACACUCAAAGAAGAGUGCCCUUCUUCUCAGAGACUGAACAACAAUGCAGCUCCGCUUAAGACAGAGCCCCCGCCAUUUUCCUUGUCUCUGUCACCACUGUCGCUGUCUUCGCCUCUUAGUGAUAAUAAAAGUGAAGUUAAAUCCUCGGCUUCAGAUAGAAUCGCUGAAAGGUCAGAGAUGAACAAUGGAGGAAGGAAACAGAGGCACAAAAUGGACCGAACACGCAAGUGUGGGCCUGUGGAAACACCCACUACUUGCCUUAGUCACACACUCCAACAAAUUGAUAACAGUCUCUCUCGGCUCUCUGAAGGCUUGUGUUCAUCUCAGACCUUGGAAAAGCCCACAGCCUGUCCCACUGCUUCUAAUUCUGUCAUCCAGCCCCCAUCCCAGUCUCCUCCAUUCACAACUGCAGAUAACAUGCUUACUGGUGAGCCCAGCUUCACCAACUGCUGUGAUGAUAUUCUCGACUUUCAGUGUCUAAACUUUGAUUAUCAGCCACAAAACAUACUCCCGUCUUCUCCUUCAGAUCUGUGUUCACUCGAUCCCCCCACUGAUCCUUUCAGCAGCCCCCUCUCGCACAGCCCAUCUGACACCUGGACCACUGAAACACCAUACCUUGGUCCCCCCAGUCCAGGAAAUAACUUUACUAGCGAGGAUCUGCAGUUUUUUCCGGGUUUAAUUUCUUCCAAAAGUGACUCUGUUCCUCUAGAAUGUGAAGCAAGGGAUGCCCCAAAAGACAAAAACCCACACAACCCCAGUUUUGGUUUUUCAGCUAUGGGAAACACCGAAAUGAUGGCUAAGGACCGGAUUACAAGCAGAGCUCCAGGAGCAAGGCUGUCCAAAGAAGACCUUAAAGCUCAGACCUUUUCUGUUGCCAACAAGCCUCGAUUAGUUGGAACAUUAUCAUCUGUUGCAUCUCAAAAUCCUGUUGCUGUAACUCAGCCUUCUAUCAACAGCAAGCCUAGCACCAGCCAAAUGAAAACCCAGCCUAACCUCAAAACCCAGGGCCCUUUCCAUCGUAUGGCCACUGCAAGUAAAUCUCAGUUGUUUUCAAGUAAUCAGGCCAACAUAGUCAAAGGAGUUCAUUCCCAAAUGUCCAACAGAUUCCCCUCUCCUCAACUCUUUUCAGCAAAACAUCCCCAUGUUCCUGACAGUCCAAUUAGCUUUCAAGAGAAACCCUCAACAGUUAUCCACAGGGUGCUCAAGUUUCAGGGGGGAAGCCAGAGUCAGAACUUGUACAGUGCACCUUGUGAAGAUGCCAUGGCUGCUGGCAGCCCCACUAUCACAUCCAGGACAUUUUGUGCAAAGACAGGUGGUAUUGAAAGGACUCAGCAGAGUCAGAAAUUUGGUGUCGAUAUGGAAAGUCAUGAAAGGGAUAACAUUUCUGUUAGUGGCUUUGGAAAGAUUGUCAGCCACCACAGUUCUUCCAACAAUCCCAUCAGAUCCAACAUUCAUUUCAACAAACCAGAGUCUUGCAUUUCACAAUCCUUUACUAAAAGUAAGCUGUCGUCUGCCAAGCAAGAGAGGGAUGAAACUAACAUGAUGUACAAAAACUUCUCUGCGUUGCCAAGACAAUUCUUUUUUCCCAGCAAAAGCUUGGAUGAUUAUUCGUCACCACAAGAGAAGAGUUUGAAACUAGACAAACCCACUAUCUCUGACAAACCCCAGCCUUGCUACACUCAGCAAGACCCUUUUGAUUUCUCCUUUGGCUCAUCGCUUUCGCCAAUGUCUCAGCACAGCAGCCCCCAAGUGGUCCACAGCACACCACCUAGCACACCAGCACCAGCGAACAAGAGUCAGCCCUCGACUUCAGCUUCUUUUCCUUAUGGCUAUCAAGGUCCUCCCUAUGUGCUCAACUUCAGUGGAGACCAUUCAUUGACCCUGGGUCUAAGAGAUAGUGCUGAGGGUUACCCAGGAUUAUGCUCAACAAACUACACCUACCACUGCCUGAUGGAGCCUUCAGGCACUCAAGGGCGGCUGGUUCUUGAGCCCUGCGGGCCACCGCUCUCUAACCCGUCUUCGUUGGGUGGAUUUUCAGGGCUCAAAGGUCAGGAUGAACAUUGCAGGAAGGACAUGCAGCAGUGCCCGCCAGGGGAACACCAGGGCACAUCACACUAUGGACCUGUUACAACAUCACACUCCAUGGGUCCCACUAAACCCAAAAGGGUGAGGUUGGUGGUGACAGACGGUACCGUAGACUUAGAUCUUCAGUACUCGGAUUGAUUAUUAUCAGAAGUCACUGGAUCCGAUCUCUUAAGAUGCUUUGGUUGUUUAUGUGAUUAUCCAGUCUCAGCUACAAAAUAUGUUUUUGUAAACCUUGCAGGUCAAAAUCUACCAGUUAUUAAGUCCACCGAUUUACAUUUUUAUAAACAUUUUAAUGGACUGUUAAAGUACAAAUUAAUUGUACAGUUUUAUGUGAAGACAGACUUUUCUCAGUGUUUUAAUUGAUGUCUGAUUAAAAAAAAAAAAAGAAAAAAAAAAACACUACAAUUUCCUUAAAAUACCAAAUUUCAAGUUCGUAAAGAACACAAAGCGUUAAAAUUUACUUGUGUGACAUGAAGUUUAAAAGCUACCUUGUAAACAAUAAACCCCUCUAACCGUACUGUAACAUAGAUGUAUGAAUUUUCUAAAUCCUUUAUGGUAGUAGAGACAGACGCCACCAUCCCUGUUUGCUGGUACUCGUUUUGGUGGGGUUAAAAAGGCAGCUUUGUGCCUCAGUCUUUGAUAUUCUUGUGACUUUUUGAAGCACCUAUUGAAACAAUGUCAACCCUUGUUUUGUUUUUUAUACUCUAACCUUUUUUCUCACUUUUCUGUGUGUGUGUGCAUGCAUGGGCAGGUUUUUGGGGAUGAAAAUGGACGUGUUGUUAUACCUGAUCACAUGACCGUUGCUUUAACAUUACUUAUUAAUGCAUAAAUGAAAGGCUUGUGCAUGAACAGUGUACAGUAAAUUGACCCAUUCAAGAACGAUUCAACUGGACGAAGGUGUGUUUGAUGAACUGCAGCUUCUCACAACUGUGCUCUUCGAGUACAGAUGUGGACCAGUAGGUUAGAGGAAUAGCAAUAUGUUUCUUUUCAGGCCAGUUGUGCUUCAUGAGUUGAGGAAUAUUAUACAACAGAUCUUUGUAUUGGAAGUUCUCACCACUGGCAGACAAUAUUUUCAAUAUAACAUGUUGCAAAAAAAAUGUGACAAUCUCUCGCCCAACUCAGCUCUCUUAUUCAGUUUUUCUUUUUUUCCCAAGGAAAGAACAAUAGGAUAAAUUGUGCAUUUUUAUUUUUGCAGUAGUAUUAGUUUUUAGUUGUGUUUGUGCAACACAUUUGCAGGUGUUUAUAGUGUGACCAUUUAUUUACUGUUGAUUGUGGAGAUCAUGACAGCAUUCCCCUCUUGUCAUGAUGUGCUGUAUGUUGACAUGAUUUGGCCGGAGUGUUCAGUGAUGCUGCACAGCCUUAUAUUACUACCAUAAAGAUGUACUGUCUUGAUAUGUAAAGGCCAAUUAUUUAUUUUAAUAUCCUCACUCUUGAAAAGGUGCUUUGAUGUAAUUUAUAUUUCACAUUGAUUGUUCAGACUAUAAAAUGUUUUUGUUUUAAUUAUUUAAUGGGACAAGAUGAUAUUUACAUUGAGUAUUUAAUUUCAGUCUUUGACAUCUUAUCCAGUUUUCUGAUUGUUUCAGAAAAAAAACUUACUCUUUUUUUUCUAACUGGGUGUUAGUCUUACUGGAAGUCUGCUGUAGAAAUGUACAAAUGUAGCCUAUAUCAUUAAAGACACUUCAUUCUUUUUUAAA